GUAUAGAAAAUGGGUGGAUGUAAGUGUUUUAUAGCAGAGCUGUAUCGGAUACCAACUCCAAACAAUAGGUGGCAGUAGUUGGCUUUUACUUUGAAAUUACACUGCAGACUAAACACUACGGAAAAACUGGUUUCAAUAUGGCGGAGACUCACAGCUUGCAGGAUCUGCGUCAGCAGGCGCCUAUCGCAGCCAAAGUGUUCGUCCAGCGGGACUACACCUCGGGGACCAUUUGCCAGUUCCAGACAAAGUUUCCCGCGACUCUGGAAACAAGGAUUGACAAACAGCAGUUUGAGGAUACAAUACGCAAGCUAAACAGCCUGUAUGCCGAAGCGGAGAAGCUGGGUGGUCGCUCGUACCUGGAGGGCUGUCUGGCUUGUUUGACAGCCUACACCGUCUUCCUGUGCAUGGAGACUCACUAUGAGAAGGUUUUGAAGAAGAUUGCCAGUUACAUCCAGGAUCAGAAUGACAAAAUCUACGCUCCGAGGGGCCUGCUCCUCACUGACCCUAUCGAGCGGGGGUUGAGAGUUGUCGAAAUCACUGUUUUUGAAGACCGCAGUACCGGACCUGGAAGAUGAGACUUGGUUUCUUUAAAGAUGUUUCGUAAGACGGCUGGUUGGUUCACUGUUCGCUGCUGCCCAGUGUGUUCCUCUAACCCCACCAUGAUCACCAGGUCUCCCUUCCUUCACUCCCAUUAUAUUCACACUGCAUUUUUAAAAACUCUUUGUUCAUUCUGAUUAUUUAUUACUACUCUGUGUGAGAUGGACGGACCACAUCUUUUGCUGAAGGUGAUAAAGGCACACUGGCCCUUGUCUGUCAUUAUGGUGGUUAUGUUAAUAUAUUCUAGUCAGUAUAGUUCUGCCUUGUACCCGUAUCCUCCAGCCUAGGCCAUAGAACCCCCACGACCAUGAAUAGGUGUGAAUGGAUAGUUUAUAUAGUUAAUUCUCCCCAGAUCACGGAUUGAUUUAUCGAUGACCUUGUUUAUUGAACUUUGCCACUUGUUGUUAUUAUGUUUGAUGUAAAUGAUUCUGGGAAAAAAAGAGCCAUUCCGAGGGGUAUUUUUUGUACUUGGGUGUAUUUGCUUGGUCAGCUGUGAUUCUUCACCGAACUCCUGUCAACAAGCAGAAAGAUGAAGUCUUAUCAACCUGGGAGGAUUGGUUCUCUGUCGCUCCCGUGAACUAUUGUGGUCACUAACGAGGGAUGGCGUCUGAUUACACGCUUCUGAAUCCUGUGUGCCUCACCAUAACUUGGCUGUUUUCGGAGUCGGCGGUAAUCCAACAGAAUUGGAAUCGUCAGUCUGUCUAGGAUUUUACACUACAGAACAGAAUGACUGAGGUGUGUGAAUGAGAACCAGUUUCCCAGCAAGAACCCUGAAGUAUUUAUAGCUUUUCAUGUAUUGCAACUCCCCAUAACUUCAGUUUUUUUGUUGCUUUUGAGACCUUAUAACCAACAGACAGGCCUUAAUGUCAUAUUUCUGCCUAUUGAUGAUGGUAUGUGGUUUUAAAUAUUUGUAUAAUUUCUUAACUUGUGCACUGUAGCAUAAAUAAACACUCUUCUUGAUUAA